UAGUCACUGGUGAAGAAAGGAGGAGGAGAUUUUCCAGAGAAGAAGGCUUUGUUUCUGUCCUUUGUUAUAUCUUCUCCCUUCCGUUUCCUCCACAGGCUUCACCACGGAUUUUCCAAAUCAAGCAACGGAAGACUCUCCCAGAAAAAAAAUGGGAAGAGGAAAAAUAGAGAUCAAACGAAUCGAAAACACCACAAACAGGCAGGUCACCUUCUGUAAGCGUCGCAAUGGCUUGCUCAAGAAGGCCUACGAACUCUCUGUCCUCUGCGACGCCGAGGUUGCUCUCAUCGUCUUCUCCAGCCGCGGCCGCCUCUAUGAAUAUGCUAACAAUAGUGUCAAGACAACAAUUGAGAGGUACAAGAAGGCCUCCGCAGAUUCUUCCAAUUCUGGAUCUGUUUCAGAAGCUAAUGCCCAGUUCUACCAGCAAGAAGCCAAUAAGCUGCGACAACAAAUAGGCAUUUUACAAAACUCAAACAGGCAUUUGAUGGGAGAGGCUCUAAGUACUAUGACCGUUAAAGAACUCAAACAGCUUGAGAGCAGAUUGGAGAAAGGCAUUAGCAGAAUUCGAUCUAAGAAGAAUGAGUUGUUGUAUGCCGAAAUCCAGUAUAUGCAGAAAAGGGAGAUUGAGUUACAAAAUGAUAACAUGUAUCUUCGUGCUAAGAUAGCUGAGAACGAGAGGGCACAGCAGCACAUGAGCAUGAUGUCUGCAUCUGAAUAUGAGGUGAUGCCUCAGACAUUCGACUCCCGGAACUUCCUCCAAGUAAAUCUACUGGAACCCAACCACCAUUACUCCCGCCAAGAACAAACAGCACUCCAGCUAGGUUAGUAUGCUCAAGGGACAUAUUUCUGGAGUUCCUUUUCUUUCUCUCUUAAUUCCCUUCCUUCUAUUGUCUUUCUUUCUUUCUUCGAAGCAGUAUCCUUCCUGGGUGAUAUGCGUACCAAGAGAAUGCUAAGAACCAGAGGUGAAAAUAACAGAAAUGAGGAUCUUAGCAUUCUUUCUACAUGGGUUCUUCAUAAAUUUCACAAUCAAUCUUAUGUUGGAGACAGACUUGCUGUAGACUGUGUAUUUAGCUGAACCAAAUAUUAAUUGGAUCCUACUAUAUAUAAAAGAAGCAGUUUAAUGUA